AGUUCAUCUAGUUCAAAACUAGCAAAUUCAGUUGCAAAAAUGAUCGCAACACGAUCACUGCUUCUAAGUGUGCUAGCUUUACCGUACGUAAGCGCUUGGUUCGAAGGUUGCGAUCAGCAAUUUCAGCUGACUUCAAAUGCAGACGUCCAGUUGAUAUCAACUCUAUAUCCUGGCAAGUACCCAUCGGGAAGCUCCUGUCGAUAUAUGCUAGUUGCCCCGCCAGGAUACGUCAUAGAUGCCAGUUGUACGAUAAACAUAGACGUUCCUCAGGGUACGGCCUGUUCGACGGAGUUGUUCUACAUUUCGAAGGAGGGCUUUUCUGCGUUGGAGGGCAGUGAGUUCUCCUGUGGCGCCGGAGUAUUGAAUCGUCAAUCACUGUUCAAUAAAAUGAUGAUUGCCUACACAUCAAGCUCCAACAGUGCGGGCUCAUUUAGCUGCAGAAUUAAGGUUCAAUCGCAGGAUUGUGACUGCGGUUGGUCCCGCUGGCAGCGAAUUGUUGGUGGAACCGAAUCUGGAGUUAACGAAUAUACGUCCAUGGUAGGUUUAUUAGACAAGGUGACCGUGAAUGUGUUUUGCUCCGGUGUUAUAAUAAGUUACAGGUACAUAAUAUCGGCAGCACACUGCGUAGAGAACACCCCGAGUGUCGAUCGCAUUCAAGCUUUGGUAGGAGACCAAGAUUACCGAACGGGCUUAGAUACACCAUACUCUCAGCUGUAUGACUUUGAAAGCAUCGUUGUACACGAGAACUACGUCCAAAGUACGCGUGACAACGACAUUUCCUUGCUGCGGACCACCAAAGAUAUGGAAUGGAGCCGGGGCGUUGGUCCAAUUUGUCUCCCGUUCAACUAUUGGUACUAUGACUUCAAAAGCCUUCAGGUGGAUGUUGCCGGUUGGGGAACCACCAGUUUCGGUGGACCACAAAGUACGACGUUGCUGCGGACCACACUCAACGUGAUUGCCAACGAAAACUGCAAUGUCCAGUACGUUAACAGUAACAAAAUCUGCACUUUUGCUUCUGGGAAAGAUACCUGCCAAUUCGAUUCAGGGGGACCGCUAUACCUGCGUGGAGCACAACGCAUGUACACUAUCGGCAUUAUUAGCUACGGGGGAGCGUGUGCUGGGUCAACGCCGUCGGUUAACACUAGGAUUACCGCAUAUCUGAAUUGGAUUCAAAGUAAAACCUCUGAUGCUGUUUAUUGUAAGAAAUAAAGGGAUCCUUUUGUGUAUUCCCUCACUUUGUUAGUGUGGAAAAACAAUUUGUUAGAACUAUCAAAUUGCAGUGCUUUUUAACCAGACAUUCAAAAAAUUACCAAAAUAUUGGGUAAGAUUAACAUAUAAGAAAUGUGAAAAGUAUCAUCAAUUGACAAUUGGUAUAAAAGUCAUCCUACUUAACAAGAUAGAUAAUUCAAUUCUAUUCAUAAAAUUCAAUCCAAAUUAAUUGAAAGUACAGAUUCCUUGGUUGGACCACCAACUCAAUCCAACCCAGGGUAGCCACUAUUUUUCAAAGAAAAUCUGGCAGUUCAAAUAAAAAUUUCUGGAAAAAUCUGUCACUUGACAGCGAC